GACUCUGAGCCAGGGGAGGAGGACACAGGAGGACCGCAGCUACAGCGGACAAUUCGGGCUCCAAACAACACUCCUUUGGGCACCCCUUCAGGAGACUCAGAUACAUUGCUGGCUAGCUCGCUACACACCACUCCCAGCACGCUGACCGGACUCUCGCAGACGGAUGAGUUCUCUGACUGGUCAGGCAGUCAACAGACGGUAGUAGAGAGGGACUCCAAGAAUGCCAGGCAAGGCUUUGCUCAGGGGGUGGGGGCUCGGCACCUGGGAGUGGAGCCCCUUAUCCCAGCCUCCAGCAACAAUCAUCCAGGCAGUGUCUGGGGGUCAGAGGUCAGCCUGUCAGGGUUCAGCGACCUGUAUAGCAGCGCCUUCAGCCUCUACCGGGCAGAUCUUGUGCCAUCCGGGUUUUUUUACCAGAAGGGGGGCUGAGGCGAGGCAGCAUCAAUGGUGCCAUUCCAGACUCUCCCCGACCUCUUCAGAGUCCCAGAACUCCUAUUCUACCUCCUCCAUCUCCCCGUCUAGGCCAAAGGCCAUCUGCCAAUCCUGUACCAAGCAGCCGUGGCCAAUCAGCACUUCUCACACCCCGAAAGAAAACCCAGAUGCCUUCACAGUAUCAAGACUCAGUGGCUGAGGAGUUUGAGGAGAAGGUUAAGAGGCCAAAGUCCUCAGCCGGCUCUCAGGUCAGUGGUCAAGACUCCCGCCCUCAGACGCCAGUAAGUGAAUCAUCAGGAAGAGUGUCCAUCUUGAGGGCAUCUCCAAAGCUGGUCCGUUCUGGCUCCAAAAUUUUUGAUAAACUGCGUUGCCUUGAAGAGAGAAGAAAAAGCCUGGAUCAAACAGACAGUCCUUUCCCUGUGCAGUCAUGGUUACCACUUCGUAAAACAAGGUCUUUUGACCAACCAGGAGCAGAUGGACUGGGCGCUGGCUUAGAAUCCUCCACUGAGGAGCUAAGAGAUGACCUAAGAGAUGGUGUAAGAUCAGAAAUUGGAGGUUACACUUUGAGGUAUCCCUCAUUGAGAUACAAGACAUCUUCACUAGAUGAUAGGGGAGCCUUCUCAGGUCGAAUAAGUGACAUUGAGACGAGGUUCUCCCAAGAACUCUCUAGAAUCAAGCGAACUGUUUCUCAGCAACAAUUAAUCCGGUCAUCACAGGACUUAACAUGCAAAUCACAAACAUCACUUUCCGGCCAACCUGCUCUGGAUUCUGCUCCAACCCAAGUGCUUAAAGACUCUAAGCCACCUGAAAUUCAGGAACAAAAGCCAGCAACUAUUACGGUCACUGCCCAGAAGCCUCUUGCACGUAGCUAUGGCACCGCCAACCAAAUAUCACAAGAUAAGGAACCUCGGGGAGUCAUAAGCCAGACAACUUCAGUUCCAGAAAAAUCAUCCAAUGGUUCAGUUAUUCACCAUGAAGUAGUUAAACAAACAGAUACCCGCCUGAUGUCACAAGCACCUCCAAAAGUCAAUAUCAUUGCUCCAAAACCAGUUUUGGCCCACGUACAAACCCCAAAGCAGGAUUUUACAGAUUCCAAGCAUGGAAGAGUUCCAGACCGAGGAAGUGAACCCCCACCACCCAGCACACAUGCUCCACCAGCUCUGGAGAUAGCACAUAGAGGGAUAGGGCGGGAAAAGGGAACUUUAAGUGUAGACAGAAGAGGAGACACAAGAUACCUCCCAUGGGCAGCACCACCAGAACCUACCAAAAGAAGCCAGGCCCCACAAGGGAAGGGUGGGGGGCAAACCAAAAAGCACAGUGACUCCCACACUAGUGGCAAAAGCAGCAAAACAUCCAAAAGCAAAGGAAAGAGUCGACGGCAUAGGGUCAUGUCACCAGAACUAGAAUCAUCAGACGAUUCCUACGUAUCGGCUGAAGAAGAUCCUCGAGAACCUCCGGUAUUUGAAAUCCCCUUACAAAGUGCCCUGGUCAAUGCCGGCUCAGAAGUUUUGUUAAAAUGCAUCAUAUCAGCCAAUCCAGCGGCAGAGGUGGUAUGGAGAAAAGAUCGAGCAGUACUCGUAAACAGUGUUACUCAUCAGAUCCGGGCAGAGGGCGAGAGGCAUUCGCUGUUAAUACGCUGGGCGCUGCCCUCCGACUCUGGAAUCUACACCGUGACAGCGCGUAAUGAAGUGGGUGAGGCCAGCAGCUGUGGAGCCCUG